AGCAGGCAGGGCUAUUUAGUCAAUACUGACCCAGAACAGGGACAGAACUGUGCCUUGCAGACCCUGAGGCUUUCCAUUGGUGCUGCUGGUCCUUGUGGGAAAUCAGCUCAAGAGAAAUUAUAUCCCCAGUGAAGAAGCCCAGAUUUUACCCUUGUUGCCUCAUCUCAGCUUUCUUCUGGAUGCUUGAUCGACUCUCCCAAACUUGCUGUUUUUUAGUCUCAUUGCCUGUGGCCACUAACUUCAUAUCCAGAGCAUGAUGCUGGAUGGCCAAGCAUCUGUGGAAGCUCAGUGUGCAGAGGAGGACCCAGGACCUGGAGUCUUCAGAGCAGAGCUGGAAGACCCACUACAGAGGCCCAAGGCCCAUCAGCAACCCACCCCUCAGGCCAGACGCUGGUGCUCAGGGUGGCGUGGCUGUGCGGUGCUUGGAGCCCUGGGAUUGCUGGCUGGUGCGAGUGUCGGCUCCUGGCUCCUAGUGCUGUAUCUGUGGCCAGCUGCCUUGCAGCCCACUCCUGGGACCUUGCAGGAUGGGGAGAUGACAUUGAGCUGCUCAGAGGCCAGCAGUGAAGAAGUCCAGCUCCCCUCACUUCCCAGAACAGUAUCUUUCAGAAUAAAGCCCGAGACCUUCUUGCUGGAAGUGCAGGUGAUGCCCCAACUGGACUGGCUGCUCGCCUGCCAUGAGGGCUGGAGCUCUGCCCUGGGGGUACAGAUCUGCCAGAGCCUUGGGCAUCUCAGCCUCACUCACCACAAGGGAGUGAAUCUGUCUGACAUCAAGCUCAGCAGUUCCCAGGAGUUUGCUCAGCUGUCUUCCGGACCAGGAGGCCUCCCCAAGGAGGUGUGGCAGCCCAGGGACAGCUGCACUUCUGGCCGAAUCGUCUCCCUCAAAUGCUCUGCACUUCUGUUUGCAGAGUGUGGGGCGAGGCCCCUGGCUUCCCGAAUAGUCGGCGGACAGGCCGUGGCUCCUGGGCGCUGGCCGUGGCAGGCCAGUGUGGUCCUGGGCUUCCGACACACAUGUGGGGGCUCCGUGCUGGGUCCCCACUGGGUAGUGACCGCUGCACACUGCAUGCAUAGUUUCAGGCUGGCCCGCCUGUCCAGCUGGCGGGUUCAUGCAGGACUGGUCAGUCACAGUGCCAUCAGGCCACACCAGGGAGCUAUGGUGGAGCGGAUCAUCCCCCACCCCCUCUACAAUGCCCAGAAUCAUGACUACGAUGUCGCCCUCCUGCGACUUCGGACACCACUCAACUUUUCCGACACCGUGGGUGCAGUGUGCCUGCCAGCCAAGGAUCAGGAAUUUCCCAGGGGCCUGCGGUGCUGGGUGUCUGGCUGGGGCCACACAGACCCUGGCCACACAGCCCACAGCUCGGACACGCUCCAGGACACAGUGGUGCCCCUGCUCAGCUCCCAGCACUGCAACAGCUCUUGCAUGUACAGCGGGGCCCUCACCCCCCGCAUGCUGUGUGCGGGCUACCUGGACGGGAGGGCUGAUGCAUGCCAGGGGGAUAGCGGGGGCCCCCUGGUGUGCGCUGACGGGGACAUAUGGCGUUUGGUGGGGGUGGUCAGCUGGGGUCAUGGCUGUGCAGAACCCAAUCACCCCGGCAUCUACGCCAAGGUAGCUGAGUUCCUGGAUUGGAUCCACAGCACAGCACAGGUUCACUAGAUGGCGAAGAGCAGCAGAAGGCACGGAUCUGUUGGUGCCCAGGCCACCUACAGCCCCCACCCUUGGGCCCUGGAACUCCUCACCACAGCCUCCAUUUGAGUCCCUGUUUCUCAUCCAUGAUCCGCAGUGACAGGAGAGCGGUGGGGGCUGUGUUGGGAGGUUGGGGUGCUGAGAGAGAUGGGGGAGAAGCUGGAGGGAAGAGGCCUCUGGGAACCUACCCUCUGCCCCCUCCUUCCCUAGCACCCACCUGUGUGCAUCUUUUGAGAGGGUGAUCAGGGCCGCCCCAUCCUGCCUGCCCCUUGGAGGGUGAAUACCUCUGGAAGAGCCCCAAGCUAUGAAGCUUCUGGGCAGCCCAGAGUAAGCCUGUGAGGUUAGGAUCCUCCCUUCUCACUUGGUCUCACCUACUUCCUGUUCCCACCUGGCUCUGGCUGACCUGCUGGGGUUGGUGGGAGCACUGUGACAAUACUUGGUUGGCAUUGGAAGAGGGUAUUGGUUUUUAAAAAGACAACUCUGCGAACCAG